AAAUUCACAAUCCGGACGCUUCAAUAAUGUAAACAUCUUAUGGUCGUUGGUUGGAGGGAGCAAACAUCCCUGUGCAUAAAUAGUAAAUACGAAGCAUAUACACAAGAAGCUCAAGCUUGUUGUAUAUAACAACCACCAUCAAUUCGUAGAGAUUUGUACUCCAAAUUAAAAGGCGCAUGCGAGUGUCUCGGGUCAUGGCUUCUUCUUCUUCUUCUUCUUAUUCUCUCUUCUCAUUCAGCCCCAUCAGCUUCCCACUACUUUCUCCCUCCAAUUUUCUCUCAACCAUGUUUGCUUUCGCUGGUGCGCAACUCUGUCACCCCAAACUCAAUUCCAGGAUUUUUCUUUUGUUUUAGUAGUGCACUAACGAAGUUCAAGCAUCUCAUAUAAAAACACUGCAAAGGAAAAAAAAUUUGGACAGUUUUGGGACUAGAAAACCAGAAACUGCAAUCUCUGUCUGAAGUUUCAACUACCAAGGAAAAAAGAAGGAAAAAAGAAGAAGAGAGAGAUGGGUUUCUGGACAUUGUUGGAGGUGGCUUGUAUGCCAACUUUCCAAGUUCUCAUAAUCAGUGUACUGGGAGCUUUCAUGGCAACUGAGUAUUGGAAUCUUCUCCCCGUAGACGCACGGCGGUCCAUGAACAAGGUUGUGUUUGUGGUUUUCACCCCCUCACUGGUGUUUGCAAGUGUGGCCAAGACUAUAACAUUUGAAGACAUUAUUUCAAUGUGGUUUAUGAUCGUAAACGUGGCACUUACAUUUUUAUUUGGAGGGAUUCUUGGAUGGAUUUUGGUAAAAAUAGUCAGACCAAAACCUUAUCAGGAAGGCCUGGUAAUGGCUGCAUGUUCAGCAGCAAACUUGGGAAACCUUCCCCUUAUACUUAUCCCUGCAAUCUGUGAAGAGGAUGGGAACCCAUUUGGAGAUCAUAGUGUUUGUAAAAGCGUUGGACUCUCAUAUGUGUCUUUUUCCAUGGCGCUUGGGGGUUUCUUCAUCUGGACUUACAGUUACCAGCUGAUACGAACCUCAGCGAAUAAAUGGAAAGCGCUUCAAGCAAUUGAGGCAGCUGAGGAGGCCUCAAAGAAUCCCAACAGUGAUUUAGACGCUGAGGGGGAAACUCCCCUUCUCAAGGGAGAAGAUGAAGAGCAGGGUUCUAUAGUAGUUUCAGCAAAUGGUUCUGGAAACCAAGAAGCUAUAGUAGCCGAUGAAUCAGACGUACCAUUCAUCCGAAAAGUAGUAGCAUUUGUUAAGCAGAUUUUACAUGAGUUACUGGCACCACCAACGGUAGCUGCGAUUGUGGGAUUUUUUAUUGGGUCAAUUACAUUUCUUAAGGAGAUUAUAAUUGGUGACAGCGCCCCCCUGCGGGUGAUCGAAGACUCUAUUACACAACUUGGGAAUGGAACCAUCCCUUGUAUCACACUUAUUCUUGGAGGCAACCUCAUCCAAGGUUUACGCAAAUCGAAGAUCAAAAUUCCUAUCAUCAUUGGAGUGAUCAUUGUUAGAUACGUAGUAAUGCCAGUGAUUGGUAUCGGGAUUGUAACGGGAGCAAACAAGGUUGGGUUUCUCCCAUCAGACCCUCUGUUCCGUUUUGUGCUGAUGGUUCAGUUUACCCUGCCACCUGCCAUGAAUAUUGGAACCAUGACCCAGCUGUUUGAUGUGGCUGAGGCAGAGUGCUCAGUGAUCUUCCUGUGGACAUACUUGGUUGCAGCCUUGGCACUUACUAUUUGGUCAACAGUCUACAUGUGGCUCUUGUCUUGAACUGCCUUCAGCUGAGGAUGGCAAGCCUCCCUAAAUGGUGCAUUUUAUAGUGAGAGGCUUACACUUCAGAGGGAAGAGGGAUCUACAUUUCUGCAUUUGGGUGUUCUUUUGUUCUCCAUUUUUCAAUUUGAUUGGUUGUUUCAACUAGAAGUAAAAAAAGAAAUUAGAGUAUGAUUUGGGUGUGUAUGUAGAUCCCAUAGUUUCGUUUACUUAUUGUGUAUUAGGAAAAAAAAAAUUAUAAAGAGAAGGGGGUGAUUGUGUGUUAGAUUUUUCAGAGCUCAA